GGGGAGGGAAGCAGGCGGGCGGCGCGCAGCGGCUCAGCUGCCGCUGGUGCUUCUGCCCGGGGACGCCCUGGCCUCCGCGGCCGAGGCCGCGCGUGAAUGUGUGCGAGGGCCCCGCGGAGCCGGGGCCGAAAUACACGCUGUCACCGCGCUUUCCACAAACCACCACACAGACCUCCCCCUCCCCACCCCCAGCCCCGCCUGCCCUAGCCCCGCCGCCGCCGCCGCCGCCGCCGAAACUCUUGGGCCUCUGGCCGCCCAGACCCCUCACCAUCGGCUCGCCUUGCCCAUCGCCCGCUCGCGCGCCCCCGGCAGCAGCACCAUGUUGAAUCGCGUCCCCGGGCUGAGCUGCCUCAGCCGGCGGCGCUGAGAGGCGGGCGAGAGCCGGGCCACGGGGAGGGAGGGAAGGAAGGGGUGGGGGCCGCGCUCGCCCCGCGGCUUCGCGCGGAUCCGGCAGUCGCCUGCCCUUCUAGUUUCGCUCCGAUUUCUUUAAACUUUUUUAGAAAUUCCCCUCCCUCCUUCCCUCCUCUCCCCCUGGCCUCCUGCUCCCUCCUUCCCCUCCUCCUCCUCCUCCCCCUCCCUCCCUCCCUCCCUGCGCCGCCGCCGCCGCCGCCGCCGCCGCCGCCACCGCCGGCCCAUGACUGAGCCCCGCCGCCGCCGGCCGAGGAAUGGGCUCCGGGCUCUGGUAGGAAGCGCUGGGAGCGGGGGGCGCUUUUAAAACACCGAUCUGGGUUUUUUAAAAACCUCCUUUGAAAAAAUAAUGGCAAACUCGACGGGGAAGGCGCCUCCGGACGAGCGGAGAAAGGGACUCGCUUUCCUGGACGAGCUGCGGCAGUUCCACCACAGCAGAGGGUCGCCUUUUAAAAAAAUCCCUGCGGUGGGUGGGAAGGAGCUGGAUCUUCACGGUCUCUACACCAGAGUCACUACUUUAGGCGGAUUCGCGAAGGUUUCUGAGAAGAAUCAGUGGGGAGAAAUUGUUGAAGAGUUCAACUUUCCCAGAAGUUGUUCUAACGCUGCCUUUGCUUUAAAACAGUAUUACUUGCGUUACCUAGAAAAGUACGAGAAAGUUCAUCAUUUUGGGGAGGAUGAUGAUGAGGUACCACCAGGCAAUCCAAAGCCACAGCUUCCUAUUGGUGCAAUUCCAUCUUCCUACAAUUACCAGCAACACAGUGUGUCGGAUUAUCUGCGUCAAAGUUAUGGGCUGUCUAUGGACUUUAAUUCGCCAAAUGAUUAUAAUAAAUUGGUGCUUUCACUGUUAUCUGGACUCCCAAAUGAAGUGGACUUUGCUAUUAACGUAUGCACUCUCCUAUCAAAUGAAAGCAAGCACGUCAUGCAACUUGAAAAAGAUCCUAAAAUCAUCACUUUACUACUUGCUAAUGCCGGGGUGUUUGACGACACUUUAGGAUCCUUUUCCACUGUAUUUGGAGAAGAAUGGAAAGAGAAGACUGAUAGAGACUUUGUUAAGUUUUGGAAAGACAUCGUUGAUGAUAAUGAAGUUCGUGACCUCAUUUCUGACAGAAACAAGUCUCAUGAAGGUACAUCAGGAGAAUGGAUUUGGGAGUCUUUAUUUCAUCCACCUCGAAAGCUGGGCAUUAACGAUAUUGAAGGACAGCGGGUACUUCAGAUUGCAGUGAUUUUGCGAAAUCUUUCCUUUGAGGAGGGCAAUGUUAAGCUCUUGGCAGCUAAUCGUACCUGUCUUCGUUUCCUAUUACUUUCUGCACAUAGUCAUUUUAUUUCUUUAAGGCAAUUAGGCCUUGACACAUUAGGAAAUAUUGCAGCUGAGCUUUUACUGGACCCUGUUGAUUUCAAAACUACUCAUCUGAUGUUUCAUACUGUUACAAAAUGUCUAAUGUCAAGGGAUAGAUUUUUAAAGAUGAGAGGCAUGGAAAUUUUGGGAAAUCUUUGCAAAGCAGAAGAUAAUGGUGUUUUAAUUUGUGAGUAUGUGGAUCAGGAUUCCUACAGAGAGAUCAUUUGUCAUCUCACUUUACCUGAUGUGCUGCUUGUAAUCUCAACACUCGAGGUGCUAUACAUGCUCACGGAAAUGGGAGAUGUUGCUUGCACAAAAAUUGCAAAAGUAGAAAAGAGCAUAGACAUGUUAGUGUGUCUGGUUUCUAUGGAUAUUCAGAUGUUUGGCCCUGAUGCACUAGCUGCGGUAAAACUCAUUGAACACCCAAGUUCCAGUCAUCAAAUGUUAUCUGAAAUUAGGCCACAAGCUAUAGAGCAAGUCCAAACCCAGACUCAUGUAGCAUCUGCCCCAGCUUCCAGAGCAGUUGUAGCACAGCAUGUUGCUCCACCUCCAGGAAUAGUGGAAAUAGAUAGUGAGAAGUUUGCUUGUCAGUGGCUAAAUGCUCAUUUUGAAGUAAAUCCAGAUUGUUCUGUUUCUCGAGCAGAAAUGUAUUCUGAAUACCUCUCGACUUGCAGUAAAUUAGCUCGUGGUGGAAUCCUAACAUCAACUGGAUUUUAUAAAUGUCUUAGAACGGUCUUUCCAAAUCAUACAGUGAAGAGAGUGGAGGAUUCCAGUAACAAUGGGCAGGCACAUAUUCAUGUGGUAGGAGUAAAACGGAGGGCUAUACCACUUCCCAUUCAGAUGUACUAUCAGCAGCAACCAGUUUCUACUUCUGUUGUUCGUGUUGAUUCUGUUCCUGAUGUAUCUCCUGCUCCUUCACCUGCAGGAAUCCCUCAUGGAUCACAAACCAUAGGAAACCAUUUUCAGAGGACUCCUGUUACCAACCAAUCUUCAAAUCUGACUGCAACACAAAUGUCUUUUCCUGUACAAGGUGUUCAUACUGUGGCACAAACUGUUUCAAGAAUUCCACAAAAUCCUUCACCUCAUACCCACCAGCAACAAAAUGCUCCAGUGACUGUCAUUCAAAGUAAAGCUCCAAUUCCUUGUGAAGUUGUUAAGGCUACAGUUAUCCAGAAUUCCAUACCCCAGACAGGCGUACCUGUUAGUAUUGCUGUUGGAGGAGGACCUCCACAGAGUUCUGUUGUUCAGAAUCAUAGUACAGGGCCACAACCUGUUACAGUUGUGAAUUCUCAGACAUUGCUUCACCAUCCAUCUGUAAUUCCACAGCAGUCUCCAUUACACACAGUGGUACCAGGACAGAUCCCUUCAGGCACUCCUGUUACAGUAAUUCAACAAGCUGUCCCACAGAGUCAUAUGUUUGGCAGAGUACAGAACAUACCAGCAUGUACUUCUACAGUUUCACAGGGUCAACAGUUAAUCACCACAUCACCCCAACCUGUGCAAACUUCAUCUCAACAGACAUCAGCUGGUAGCCAGUCACAAGAUACUGUUAUCAUAGCACCCCCACAGUAUGUAACAACUUCUGCAUCCAAUAUUGUCUCAGCAACUUCAGUACAGAAUUUUCAGGUAGCUACAGGACAAAUGGUUACUAUUGCUGGUGUCCCAAGUCCACAAGCCUCAAGGGUAGGGUUUCAGAACAUUGCACCAAAACCUCUCCCUUCUCAGCAGGUUUCAUCUACAGUGGUACAGCAGCCUAUUCAACAACCACAGCAGCCAACCCAACAAAGCGUAGUGAUUGUAAGCCAGCCAGCUCAACAAGGUCAAACUUAUGCACCAGCCAUUCACCAAAUUGUUCUUGCUAAUCCAGCAGCUCUUCCAGCUGGUCAGACAGUUCAGCUAACUGGACAGCCUAACAUAACUCCAUCUUCUUCACCAUCACCUGUCCCAGCUACUAAUAACCAAGUCCCUACUGCCAUGUCGUCGUCUUCUACCCCUCAAUCACAGGGACCACCUCCUACUGUCAGUCAAAUGUUAUCUGUGAAAAGGCAGCAACAGCAGCAACAUUCACCAGCACCCCCACCACAGCAGGUACAAGUACAAGUUCAGCAGCCCCAACAAGUACAGAUGCAAGUUCAACCUCAGCAGUCGAAUGCAGGAGUUGGUCAGCCUGCCUCUGGUGAGUCGAGUCUGAUUAAACAGCUUCUGCUUCCGAAACGUGGUCCUUCAACACCAGGUGGUAAGCUUAUUCUCCCAGCUCCACAGAUUCCUCCCCCUAAUAAUGCAAGAGCUCCUAGCCCUCAGGUGGUCUAUCAGGUGGCCAGUAACCAAGCCGCAGGUUUUGGAGUGCAGGGGCAAACUCCAGCUCAGCAGCUAUUGGUUGGGCAGCAAAAUGUUCAGUUGGUCCCAAGUGCAAUGCCACCCUCAGGGGGAGUACAAACUGUGCCCAUUUCGAACUUACAAAUAUUGCCAGGUCCACUGAUCUCAAAUAGCCCAGCAACCAUUUUCCAAGGGACUUCUGGCAACCAGGUAACCAUAACAGUUGUGCCAAAUACGAGUUUUGCAACUGCAACUGUGAGUCAGGGAAAUGCAGCUCAGCUCAUUGCUCCAGCAGGAAUUACCAUGAGCGGAACGCAGACAGGAGUUGGACUUCCAGUACAAACGCUUCCAGCCACUCAAGCAUCUCCUGCUGGACAAUCAUCAUGUACUACUGCUACUCCCCCAUUCAAAGGUGAUAAAAUAAUUUGCCAAAAGGAGGAGGAAGCAAAGGAAGCAACAGGUUUACACGUUCAUGAACGUAAAAUUGAAGUCAUGGAGAACCCAUCCUGCCGACGAGGAGCCACAAACACCAGCAAUGGGGAUACAAAGGAAAAUGAAAUGCAUGUGGGAAGUCUUUUAAAUGGGAGAAAGUACAGUGACUCAAGUCUACCUCCUUCAAACUCAGGGAAAAUUCAAAGUGAGACUAAUCAGUGCUCACUAAUCAGUAAUGGGCCAUCAUUGGAAUUAGGUGAGAAUGGAGCAUCUGGGAAACAGAACUCAGAACAAAUAGACAUGCAAGAUAUCAAAAGUGAUUUGAAAAAACCGCUAGUUAAUGGAAUCUGUGAUUUUGAUAAAGGAGAUGGUUCUCAUUUAAGCAAAAACAUUCCAAAUCAUAAAACUUCCAAUCAUGUAGGAAAUGGUGAGUUAUCUCCAAUGGAACCACAAGGGACUUUAGAUAUCACUCAGCAAGAUACUGCCAAAGGUGAUCAACUAGAAAGAA